AUGCAAGAACAAAACAACCCAUACAAAGUCGUCGUAGCAGCCGAGGACUCUCCAAUAUCUCACCAUGCAAUCGAUUUUGCAUUUGAUCUCUGCUCACGUCUUUCGUGUCCAUUUACAUUGAACGUUGUUUACAUCACCGCCCUCAAUCCAAGCACGAACAUUCCAUUUCUAUCAAGUCUUGAUAAAGCCAACAAUCUUGAUAUUCGGCUUGAUGCAAAGCAAACAAUUGCAGAAUUGCAAAAAUAUUUGGAAAAGUUCAGAACAUUGACCCCAAGGGUGAACUAUACAUUUGCCCAGUCUGAAGGAUAUGGCACUGUAGGCGAAAACCUGACGCAUUACAUAACGGUUGAACAUCCGGAUACCAACUUGCUAGUUCUUGGAAGUCGAGGUUUGGAUGGUCUGAAAAAGAUUGUACUGAGCUCGACAAGCGAUUAUGUAUCAAGACACAUAAAGAUCCCUGUCGCUAUAAUCAAACCACAUGAAGAAUUAGGGGAAUGUCCAAGCGGGUGA